GGCGUGCACAGCCUCAGGUGCUUAAAUGCACAGUCGAAGCUACUUGGUUCUCACCCACCGGUUCACCGCGACGCAACUACACCUUUUUCUGCACAGCUUUUCACUUUUGAGUAAGUGAGUUCAAAAACUGCAGUGAUGCCUCCUCCCGGUGUAUGCUUGAACAUCAUAGAGGCCCGCUACAAGAAGGACGGUUUCGGAAAAUUCACCAAGCCCCAGAAGUUCUUGGGCCAAGACUACGAGCAGUUGAAACAGUACUGCCUCACAAGAGGAGUAAGCUUCAUUGAUGAGACAUUUCUACCUGACAGAAGGUCCAUUGGUCAAGAGAUACUACGCCAUGGCAUACUGAGCCCUUCUGAACUGGCCUGUGUGGAGUGGCGGCGACCAGCAGAAAUUGUUCGUUUUCCAGUCUUAGUACUUGACGGAGUCUCCAGGUUUGAUUUUGGUCAAGGGAAACUAGGAAACUGCUGGUUUCUUGCGUCAAUCGGAGCGCUGACAUUCCAGAAAUCCAUUUUCGCAGAAGUUGUCCCGCUUGAACAAAGAUUUGAUGAGAACUACUGUGGGAUUUUUCACUUCAGGUUCUGGAGAUUUGGGCAGUGGGAGGAUGUGGUCAUUGAUGACAAACUACCAACAAUCAAUGGCAGACUAAUCUUUGUUCAUUCCAAAAACCAAAAUGAAUUCUGGCCUGCUCUCCUGGAGAAAGCCUAUGCUAAGGUUUGUGGCUCCUACUCCGACAUGAUUGCUGGAACUCCUUCAGAGGCUAUGAUGGACUUCACCGGUGGCGUCCACAUUAACAUCGAGCUGUCACAACCGAGUCCAAGCCUGUGGGGGCUGAUCUGCAGAGCUGGCAAAUCAAACACACUGAUGGGCUGUGGUACACCUCCCAGGGAGACAUCUGGUAACGAAAUAUUACCAAAUGGACUGGUUGCAGGCCAUGCAUACACUGUGACAGGUAUCAAAGAGAUGAUGAGUCGAGGAAAAAUCGCAUACCUUGUGCGUUUGUGGAAUCCCUGGGGUAAAGGAGAGUGGAAAGGAGACUGGAGUGAUCGGUCUCCUCUGUGGCAAACUGUGAGUCCUGAAGACCGUGAAAUGUGCCUUUCAGUGGCUGAUGAUGGAGAGUUUUGGAUGACCUUUGAAGAUUUCUGUAAGUUCUACGCAGAUAUUGACAUCUGCGGGCUGUCUCCUGACUUCUUUAAUGAAAGUGACUCUAGUCAGUGGACGACCUCUGUGUAUGAGGGCCGAUGGGUUGCAGGAACCACUGCUGGAGGUUGCCUUAAUUACAGAGACAGUUUCUGGACUAAUCCACAGUGUCGUUUCAAAAUUUGCGGUGGAUACUCAGAGAAAGACGGUGAUAAAAACAUAAUGGUGUCUCUCAUGCAAAAGCCCGAAAAAAGGAACAGACACCUGGCGCAAAACCUCCACAUUGGGUUUUUCAUAUUUGAGGUGACUGAAAAAUAUAAGACACAGAGAGGGAAGUUUACAGAGGAGUUCUUCAAAUCCCAGGCACCUGUUGCCCAAACUAAAACCUACCUGAAUGCCCGUGAGGUGAUGGAGUUCUUUAUGUUAAAGCAUGGGGAAUACUUGAUUGUGCCAUCCACCUUCAAUCCCAACGAGACAGCCUCCUUUAUCCUGACCAUCCACGCAAAAUCAGAGACCAACUGCUAUGAUAAUUCUGGUGAUCACAAACAUGAGCUUGAUGAGAAGGUCAAGGUAAAAAAUCAACAAUAUGAUGAACAAAGGAGAGAGUUUUUCCAUAAACACUCUGACAAGUAUGAAGAAGUGGAUGCUGAGCAGCUUCAGAGGCUUCUAAAUGAAAACAUCCUAAAAGGAGACCUGAAAUCUGGAGGCUUCAGUAUUGACGCCUGUCGCAGCAUGGUUGCUUUAAUGGAUACAUCAAUUACAGGAAAACUCAACAGUGAGGAAUUUCUUCGUCUGUGGAACAAAGUUGUUACAUUCAAGGAAAUUUUCUUCCGCACUGAUGUUUCAAGAACCGGAACGCUGUCACUGAGAGAACUACGAAAUGCAUUCUUAGUUUCAGGAAUAAGGGUGAGUGACGACAUGCUGAAUCUGACUGCUCUGCGCUACGGCGCCUCCUCUGGACACAUGACGCUGGAGAGCUUCAUCAGUCUCAUCCUUCGCUUUGACUGCAUGAACAAAAUCUUCAGACAGUUAUCUGAUGGAAAAGCCAUGACUCUUCAAGAGUCUGAGUGGAUGUACAUUUCGAUGUACACUUAACGCAAAGGAAUGGACGUUUGAUGCACAGUUCAUCUGCACGCACUGAAGAAGAGAUCCAUGUAUAUUUUUCCUGCUAAGUUCUAAGUUGUCGUUUAGAUAAUUGCCAAAAUGCAAAAUGCUUUCAAGAUAACUUUUCUCAAAAAGUAGACAUUUCUAUUUUUAAUUGUCAUUUACUUGGCAAUUUGUUUUUUACUGAGACAGACAGAGAAGACAGAAACUUAUUGUAGAGGGAACAAUCUGAGAUAUAUAACGUGAAUAUAAAUAAUCAAUGAAAAUUAAAUACUACAAGAAUGUGCUUGCAUGUAAAAGGCGGCUCUGAAUUAGUAACUGUUCUAACAGAGAAACAGGGAAAAGGCUAUAAAGGAUGUUUUUUCCUUGUGCACUUUGAGCUCAUUAAACACACAUAGAUUACUGUAUGUGAGGGUGCAAUGUUUGGCCAUGAUGCUUUAUUGAUUAAUUCAUCACUCAUUAUUGACACAACAGUGCAAGAAAGCACCAGUGUGGUUGGAAUCAAUAUACUGUUGAAAUGAUUUUAUAUUGUUAUUCAAAUGCAGCUCUUUUUGAUAAAUGCAUUAUGCACAUAUGUAUCUGGCUUUUUCUUAUUUUCCCACUGUCAACUCCUCAUUUCAGGUUCAGGUUACUUUUUACAUAUAAGGCUCAAUCAUUUGG